AUGAUACGGAGCUCUGGUACCCUGAGUCAGAAUAGCUCCACAAGUGAUGGAGAGCGAUCUGUUUCCAGCCAAAGCAGCAGCAGCAUUCCCUCUCAGGUAACAACGGUAGGGUCUGGAAAAAUUUCUGAACCAGAAGCUCCAGAUAAACAUGAUUCAGCGUCCUAUGUUUCUUCGUUGUUGAAAUCCAGUGUGAACAGUCAUGUGACCCAAUCUACUGAUUCCAGAGAACAAAGUGGAUCCCCGAAAAAGAGUGCUUUGGAAGGCUCUUCAGUCUCAGCCUCUCAAAGCAUUUCAGAGAUUGAGGUGCCCUUGUUGGGCUUCUCAGGAAGCUCAGAAGUAGAGUUGCCACCGUUGUCUUCUAAACCUAGUUCAGAGACAGCUUCAAGAGUAAUUCCCAGAACUAGUUCAGAGGCAAGUGUUUUGUCAUCUGUUUCUAAAAACAGUUCCUCAUCAGGCACAUCUUUACUAACCCCCAAAAGCACCACCUCAGCAAACACGAUGCUGACUUCCAAAAGCACUUCACAGGUAGCUGCAUCACUGUUAGCUUCCAAGAACAGCUCCCAGACCAGUGGCUCUCUGGUUUCCAAAAGCACUUCCAUAGCAAGUGUGUCCCAGCUGGCUUCUAAGAGUAGUUCUCAGACCAGCACGUCACAGCUGCCUUCUGAAAGUACUUUGCAAUCGAGCGAGAGUUCUGUCAGAUUCUCUUGUUGCAAGUUAACCAAUGAAGAUGUGAAACCGAAGCAGCCUUCUGUCAAUAGACUGUACAAAAUGGUGGCAUGGAAGUUGGUGGCCGUUGGUGACUUCAGUCCCAGCAUGAAUCAUGGAGAGCUCCUAAACGCAGCUAUCAAGGCUCUGAAAGCAACACUGGAUGUGUCUCUUGUCCCACUAAUAGAGCUGGCAGAUCUGCCUCAAAAUAAGAGCUCUCAAGAAAGUAUUGUUUGUGAACUGAGAUGUACGUCUGUGUAUUUGGGCACUGGCUGUGGAAAAAGCAAAGAAAACGCAAAAGCAGUUGCGUCAAGAGAAGCCUGGAAGUUAUUUCUCAAGAAAAAGAUGGGUAAAAUAUGUAAAAGGAAAUACAGAGGCAGUGAAACAGAAGACUUAGUACUCCUCGAUGAAGAGUCAAGGCCUGUAAACUUACCUCCAGCAUUAAAACAUCCUCAAGAAUUACUAUAA